AUGGCUGACGCUGGUACUACCAUCGCCACUAUCCCUGCGUCCGUGGGUGCAAUUGGUGAAAAGAGUCGCGCGUCUUACGAUGCAACUGCCCAGGCGGCCAUUGAGGCCGAAGUCAAGAACAUCUCAAGCGCAGACAAGACUGAGCACGAUACCUUCCAUGGCUUGGUCAUUCCCACCGAGGAGGAGAAGUCGACCUUGAGGCGUGUGGCCGGAAAGAUGCCUGCCAGUUGCUACUAUCUCUGUGCUGUGGAGUUUGCCGAGCGUGCUUCCUACUAUGGCUGCAACCAGGUGUACAAGAACUUCAUCCGUGCUCCUCUACCGCCUGGCAGUACCACGGGAGCCUCUGGUUAUUCCGAGUACACCGCUGGUGCUCUAGGCAGAGGUUCUGUCACUGCCACCGCCAUGACGGAGGCCUUCAAGUUCCUCGCAUAUGCCCUUCCUGUCUACUUCGGUUGGCUCGCCGAUACCAAGUACGGUCGGUUCAAGAUGAUCUGCUGGGGUGUGGCCAUUUGUGGUGUUGCACACGUAAUCAUGAUCAUCUCGGCUCUCCCGCCCGUGUUGGUCUCCGGACACGCUAUCGGCCCGUUCGCGUUGUCUCUGUACAUGCUGUCCAUCGGUGCUGCUCAGUUCAAGCCGAACAUCUCUCCAACUGUCAUGGACCAGUCCCCCCACAAGAUAGCCCACGUCAUUACCGACAAGAACGGCGAGAAGGUCAUUGUGGAUCCCGAGGAGUCCAUCAACAGUGUCAUGCUCUGGUUCUAUCUGCUGAUCAACGUUGGUGCCUGUACUGGUAUUGCAACAACUUACCUGGCCAAGCUGGUCGGUUACUGGGCAGCCUACUUGAUCCCAACAAUUCUAUAUCUCAUGCUGCCCCCUCUCUUGUGGUACCUCAACCCUCGCUUGGUCAAGCAGCCCCCUGGCGGAUCCGAUUUGGGCAACGUCUUCAAGGUUUUGGGCGACAUCUUCGCCAACGGAGGUCUCAAGCGCAUUGGACGAAAGGGAUUCUGGGAACUCGGCAAGCCAAGCGUCCUGACUGCCGCUGGCAGCACCAAGACUUUCGCAUACGAUGAUGAGUUUGUUGAAGAUGUCAGGCGCACUUUCCAGGCUUGUGGUAUCUUCCUCUUCCAGCCUAUCUUCCAAAUCAACGAUGGUGGUCUGGGUGCUGCUGGUAACGCCUUGACGGCGGGUAUGGACACCAACGGCGUCCCGAACGACCUUCUGGACAACCUUAAUUCCGUCUCUAUUGUCCUAGCGGUGCCCAUUAUGAACCACCUCGUUUAUCCUCUCCUGCGCAGAUAUGGUAUUCAGUGGGGCGCCAUCUCCCGCAUGACCUUUGGAUUUGCUCUCUGCACAAUCGGUUCAAUUGGAUAUUCUAUCCUGCAGUAUAAUGUGUAUCAAACAUCGCCCUGUGGUUACAACGCCACAACAUGCGCUGAGAUUGUCCCGGAGGGUGAGACUGCAGUUUCGACCGUCUCAUACGCACUCUACUCAAUUCCCGUCAUCCUGACGGCUCUGUCGGAGAUCUUCAUCAACGUCACUGCCUACGGUAUUGCCUACUCGCGUUCCCCCAAGAACAUGAAGGGUCUCGUCGCCUCGAUCAACCUGUUCAUGACAGCCAUCUCGGCCGCAAUUGGUUUGGCCACUUCAGCCGCUGUCGCUGACCCUUACCUUAUUUGGGUGUUUGCUGGCCCCACCAUUGCAGGCGCUGUCUUGACUGUUCUUUUCUGGUUCACCUUCCGCAACAUGGACAAGGAUGAGUUCGUCAUCAACACAGGCUUUGGUGAUAUGAAGCGCGACUCCGACGUGGAGAGUGACGCAGAGCGUACCAACACCGGCGUCCUCCCUGAUGAGAAGGCCGCCGUCAAGGCAUAA